AUGGACAAGAGAUCUUACCAUAAGACCAUUGUAAAGAGCGUUCCAAAAAGAAAGAUCAAAAGGGGACCUAACCAAAUCAAAGCUGAAAUCUCUAAAGUUUUCGAUAAGUUUGCUCUUAGUCUCAAUAUCUUUGACGUCUAAGACGCCUUGGAAGGAGACAGCUUUGAGAUGCUCGCGUGUUGCUUGGUCUAUUUUUUGUAUAAAUCUUUGCUUCAAACACUCAGGACCAAGAAGCUGCAGAGCAAUCUGUCUCAUGUACCUGUGGAAGUCCUUGCCUUGCUUGAAGAACAAGUUAUCUUUCCCAAAGAUUCUAACAAGAGCUUCUGGAUAACUCAUGACAAAACACAUGUUGUCUUGUUUGAGAAUCUCAAAAUUCACUUCCGGGUCUGUAGAAACAAUCGUUUUAGAGCCGAGGAUAUUUGUCCGGAACAACGAGCCACCACCGUACCUGAAGUACAAAGCAGUGAGGGAUAGAGAGAGAGAGAGAGACAUUAAAGAAGAAAGAAGAGAAAUGAAACAGAAUCUUGAAACUUGCAGAUGUCCUAAA